AUGCAAUACCAACGUGCACUUUGGGUAAAUCGCUUCCUGAAGGAGCAGCUGGCAGCUCAAACGCGAGGGCUGUCUUUGAAGGAGAUUGAAGAGGCGCAAGGCCAGAUCCAAACCAGGAUGCGGCAAGCCACCCGGCUACAGGCCUGGACGACCUCUCAGGGGCCAGAUCCAGGCGGAGCCAGGACCAUCUUCGCCAAGUCGCCGAGAAGGAGCCAGACACAGCAGGCACGGCCACAGGUCGUUUCGUCCUGCGAGGUGAAUCGAAGGAGGGCGCAGCACCGGAUCAAGGAGGAGAAUUUGGGCAUUCUUCAGCGGAUCGAAAAAGUAAAAAGCAGCUUCACGCCACGGAUGCCAUCAAGCCUUAUUCCCAAGAUCUCGCCGCGAAACAGGCUCUUGAACCAUGGCCAUUGA